AUGAGUGGGGUUACGUGUUGCGCGAACGGUGAAACGCCAACGGUUGAAUCUGUUGACGUGGUGUUGAAGGAAGCAUACCGGCGAUGGGUGUGCAGUUCUCUGGUGCCUCAUUACACACGUUCUGGCGAACGAUUACGACCGUGCCUACGCGUGUGUCAAGAUGUCGAACAACAGUGUCCGUACCUGCUGCCGGAUCAAACUGUGUCUCCUGGAGAGGCGGCCCAUCCGACACCUCAAUACGCCGGGGAACCGACAUUUCUCUGCCUUGAUCCCAUUAUACGUGAAAUCGGUGCACAGAGACUGAAAUCAUCUCGAGGAGAAGACGAUUGCUGUUACAACUAUUGCUUUUCGGCGGGCAGGGGUGCAAAUAAACAGCAGCUCCAAGAAGAAAACAUCGAAAGAGAGGACGAACGACAACACAGAGAUAUAUUAAGCGUUUGUGAGCACUGUCCAGGGCGGCCUCCCAACUCGUCGAGCCCCUUCAAGGGGGGUUCUUCACCACGGACAUUUAAUAAAGUGUUUCUUCUAUGGACAGCAUGGAUAACAUUCUUACAGACAGAAAGACUGGUUACUUUGUUGGUUAUGUGCGAAUACGGUAUUCGGACGAUGAUCCGGUUCUCGAACGUAUGGAGACAUUCGUGCUCAUAGAAUUUGUAGAAGUUUUAGGCGAUAUGUGUUCUGAUACUGGAUGGCUCAAACAGGUCUGUCUGUGGUCGUGCAUGUUGCUCAAUUUUUCCAAUGACACACCUUAAGACCUAUGGUGGCAGGUUAGACGAUUCACUUCCUAGAUCUUUUGCAAAUCAUUAUAAACCAAAACACCACAUCCUAUAGUCUAAUAAUUCUAGUACUAUUUUAUUAACUAAUUACUAUUAAAUAUAUUUUGGGCUAUUACGAACAAAGUUGAAUAUCGUGGUUAAUAUUUUUAAGUAACUAAUCAUUUAAGAAAAAGGUUGUGAGUUUAUUUAACUUUUGUAUUAUAAUUAAAAAUUUAGAGUUUAUAUAAAAGUCCAAUUAAAAAAUAUUCUAAUUAAUAAACAGGUUACAAUCAGAAUGGAGGAAUGAAACCUUGAAGAUCACUCAUUUUAAUUUUUUUUGUACUAAGAAUUAUCCAUUGAGCAUAUACUAAUAAACAAUUAUUUGAUUUAUACAGUACUGGGAACCGAAAAAAAACAUUUUAAAAAACGUAAAACAAAUCAAAUACAAACAUAGACUGUAAAAUAUUUUUAAAUCAAGUUGGAAAAUAUUAUGUUAUUGAAAUAUUCCUCACUUUCCUCAGCCACAAAUUCCACAAUAUCAAUUAUCAAUACCAACCACAAUUUAUUUUAUAAAAUUCAACGAUAAUAAUAGAUAUCGAAUGCCUAAUAGCCCAAAUAGAGUCAACUGUUAUUUAAAUUAUUAGUACAAUUUUGUAUCAACAAUAAUUGACUAUACGUUUAUUUUUUAGAAAAUUUGAAUUGCGUUGUUGAAAUAUAUCGUUUUGUAUUAGUUUGGGUUUAUAAUUUUGUAAAAAUGCACAGGAGCAACGGAUCUAGGACUUUCCUAAAGAUAUAGAAAAUUAUUGCAAUAAUCGUAAUAGGAUAAUUAAUUUAAUUUUAUCGUAAAAAGUGUUCAAAUAAACUAUAACGUACAGUUUUAACUAUGAAACCUACCUUUAAUAAACGUACGUAUAUCUGUAUAUUGCUCCCCAUUCCCAUGACAAACGUAAUCUAUAUCGACGACAGGAUAAUUUCAGAAAACAAAAAAGGUAUUCCAUAUUUUUAAACACAGAAAUUGAAGAACAAUACGAAAAGCUUAUUUUAAGCAACUUUGAUGCUAGACAAACAAGACGAGUAAUUAUUUUAAUGUAAAAAUGUCGUUUUAUAUUUUAAGAACCAAUUGUCUAGAAUCAAAGAUAUUUGCCAAUUAAGAUGCCUUAGAAAAAUGACGCCUUUAAUGUCGGUAAAUUUCCAGAAUCAUUGAGAUCUUUCAAACAAUAAGAAUCAAUCUUUUCAAAUUUUAUAUCAAUGUUGAUUCUAUAUCCAUCAUCGACAUAAUUUGUACAACUUAUCUACUAAUUAGACUUUUUAGAUUACUUUUUUUACUUUGUAGAUAUAUUGCGUUUCUCAUUUAAUUUAAAAAUGAAAGGAUAACUGAUCUGCCUCUUUCUGGAAAUAAUUCAUAAUUAUUUUUAUUUUUGUCCUAAAAAUAUCAUGUUGUUUUAGAAAAUAUUUUGCCAGUGUCUUACGGAGCGAAAACGUUGACCAUUACAAGGAGAAUAUUCCAAAAGAUCUGUGCGGCUCAAAGGGUGAUGGAGUGCGCUAUGUUGGACGUUUCAUUGAGUUACACGUUCCCAAACCGCCAGCUACAACGAAGAUCAAGAGAGGUUGAUGCUGUAGAGAGAAUAGCAACAAUGAAGUGGAACUGAGCCGGUCACGUGGCUCAAAUGACAUAUUAUAUUAUAACACGUACAAAGCGGAUACCGGAAAGGAGACCAAGUGAUAAGGCCUGCCGAAGCAGAGGUCACCCACCAAUGCAGUGGACAAGCGAAGAUCGAAUGAAAUUGCUGGUGUGAGAACGUAAAAUCCUUUGAGUAAUAUAUUGUACGCUUACAGACACAUGCGCUCAUACCCAUCGGCAGCCAUAGCCUUUCUGGUGCUUUAAACUAUAUACUGUCAUCCAAAGUCUACAAAAUGUAAUGUGCAACAUGUUCACGUCUGCCCCCCCCCCUAAAAAUUUUUAUAUUUGCAGAGAUAGCGUGACAAUCGAAUUGAAAACAAAGAGUUGGAAUAAAUAUCUGGUGAGACAUGUAAAGGCCAAUAGACUAAAAUGGGCUACGCAGUAACGACAAUUGCCUUGUAAACACUGUGUUUUGGGAAAGACCAACUGUGAAAAGGUGUGUAGGACAGCCUAGAAAACAGUGGACAGAAUCUGGAGAAAAUAGGAGGGAGACACUGGAGAAAUACUGGUACAAGACCGACAAAUAUGGAAGGCAAUAGUAAAUGCGGCAAAGACUCACGAAGAGUUAUAACGCCAUUGAUGAUGAUGAUGAUGAUGAUAGUUUUUUUCAGUAUUUUUUAUUAAAUACAUUUAUUAUGUUGCAUGAUACUGGAAUUUUACCGAAAUUGUGAGAAUAAUAAAGGUUGUGUAUAUUUGUACAGAAAUUUAAGAUAUAUUAAAAAAAGUUGCUUCUGUAUACCGAAUAUAUCUUGUGACCUGUCGAUAUAUAUAUAUUCAAAAAAUAAAAAGUAUCAUUCAAUAAAGGAUAUAAUAAAUGCGCACAAUACAUUUUCAUUACUUUCUAAGAUUACUGUGUGUAACUCAUUUUAUAUUUUUGUAUAAGACGUUCUUUCUAUUACCAAUUGUUGCUAAAUAUGUAAUUAAAAAUAUUGUACCUAUGUGAUUUAAAGACAAAAGCCAUACGACCAUUUUAUACACGCAAAUCAAUAAAACAAUGGAUGAUUUUCACUAAUGUGUAUUUGUACAACGAAUUUCCAACUAUAAACAAAGACUUAAUAGCCUCAGUUAGAACCAGUGUGUGAUUUUAAAGUUAAGUGCUUAAAUUCAAAUGUAAAUACAGCACAACAAUAAAAUACCAUAAUUUGUGGUCCAUUAAAUAAACUAAUAAACUCUUUAGCUUUACAAUAACCUGUAUAUAUAACAUAAAUCAGUAUUUCUUGGGUUUAGGUUCAAUAACUAAAGUUAAAAUAAUUGGAACCAGAUUUUAUUUUUCGAUUUAAAAUCAAUGUUUCGGCAGGUAAUCCUUGCCUUUGUCAAGAUUGUAAAAUGUAUACAAAGGAGAACAGGAUAAUAUUGCAGAACAUAUAAAUAGGUACCAGCAUGUAAAACAAAACACUAACAUUAAUUAGCGAACACAGAGCCAAAAUAGAAAUCUGAUAUCUCAUUGCUUACUAUCAUAAUAUAUAAUUAUAUUUACAAGGGCGUAUCUCCUAUGUUGUUGUCAAAAAAAUGGAGAUAUGUUACAACUUUAAGAGUUUUUUGUGGUGUUAUAUUAAUAAAUAAAACACAUAAUUUGUAUACAUUUUAUAAUCUAGACAAAGGCAAAGAUUAUGUGCCGAAACGUUGAUUUUAAAUGGAAAAUAAAGCCUGGUUCCAAUUUUAACUUUAAUGAUUGAACCUAAACCCAAGAAAUACUUAUUUAUAUUAAAUAUAGUAUGGUUCAAGAAACUCAAUAAAACUUGUAAAAUCCACUGUUUAAUGUUGGGAGUGUAUUGUAUGAAUAUCGUGUAGUUUCAUUUAAUACACUGGUACUUACAAAUAACAUACGUUUAUUAACAUUUGUAAGAAUUAAUAAAAGAACUUUCUAAUACGCUUUGCAGACCUAAUGCAAAUUGUCUGGUGAAGUUUAGAAAGUCAAUUCCGCGGCGAUUGUACAUAAAAAACAGUAUCCAUUUUAUAAUAUGGAAAUUAUGAGCGAAAAAUAUGUAAAAGGUACAACGACAUUAGAAUAAGUAGUAAUAAUACAUUUAUAUUUGGUUGAGACUUAAUUUUCGUGCCAAAAAAAUUAGACAAUAUUGCCAAGUGUGCUCCGUUUUUUACCAAGGUAAACUUAAACUUAACGCUACUAAACAUUUGCUGAAUGUCCUGAAAGACGGCUUUUAAGUUGAUAUCAAAAAGUUAAAAACAAUACAACAAUAAGUUAUUGUCUUAACCGUUUUUGGAAUUUUUGCCGAUAUCUAGAUUAUUUUGUUGCAUAUUUCAUUAUUUGUUUUUUGUUACAGUAAACGUAGUUUUGAUUAUUUCUCAAAUAUAUAUUAAACCGGUCCUGUAACAGUAGACUUAAACCUGUAAAGUAAGACAUGAAAAAUUAGUCCAAAUUCUAAAAACAAAAAACAUAGACAAAAGUGACUUACGAAUUAUAACAAACCUUUACUGGAAUCAAAGAGCACACGUAAUAGAUAAUGAACACAGUUCAGAAAUUGAAAUCUGGAGAGGAGUUAGACAGGGAUGUAUUAUGUAUCCAUUAGUAUUAAAUGUAUAUAUAGUGACUCUAUUUUUGAGGGAGCAUUACUAUCUGAAAGUGAAGGAAUAAUAAUUAACGGAAAAACUGUUAACAACAUAAGAUAUGCAGAUGACACCAUGAUUAUGGAAUCUCUGUUGAACCCCUCCCAAUACUUUUAAACAAGACGAGCAGUUUCCGUGAAAAAUAUGAACUAAAAAAAUAUAAAAAACAUUAAAUGUACGAUAAAAUCUCAUUUUAUAGAAGGAUGCUUAGAAUAGCAUGGAAAGAGAAGAAAAUGAACAAGGAAAUAUUGCGAGAAAUGGACAAAAGUUCGAAAUAACAAACGUAAUAAAAAUAAGAAAGUUACAAUAUCGGAAAAACGUAAUGAGGGGACAGACUUAUGAAAUGCUGAGCAUGAUAAAACAGUGAAAAUAAGAUUUAAGUGUUUCUUUUGUUAUAAAAAGGAGCUACGCUAUUACAAUGAAAGAUAUGGUACGUGAAUUCUUUUAAUGUGUAUACUACAAUCAGAAUAAAGAUGCACUAGAAAUAAACAAACCAAGACACUUUGAGUGUUACGAGGAGAACUCCCAAAUCAUAAUCUACAAUGUAUAUUGUAAAUCAUGAUUUGGGAGUGCUCCUCGUAAUAUUCAACGUGUCUUGGUUUGUUUAUUUCUAGUGCAUCUUUAUUGUGAUUUUAGUAUAGAUGAGGAAUGUUCUCAUAGACUUCAGAGUCAAUCAAUUUUUCAGAAAAUUUUUAUUAGUUGUAGAAAAAAAAUGGACUGAAAAAUGAAAGGAAUAUUUAGUCUUCGUGGUGAUGGUCUCCUGUAUUUAUAUGAAAAUUAUGGAAACAAUAAUACAAUAACCAACAGUUAUAUUUAUAGACAAAAACGUAUAAAGAUUUUAUCUAUAGAUACUAAUAGAGGAAUCAAUAUGAUAAAGUAGAACAGUUGUUUAAACGAUUUGGCAGAAGAAAUUCAGACCUAGAAAAUAAAAGAAUAAUAAAUAAAGGAAACAAUCUGAGUACCUAAUAAUUAUUACUGAAGAUCCAUGGACUCUUUUCAAAUUUUCUUAUAUAUUUUUGACUUUUAUACAUCAAAAAUAAUAUUACUAUCAAAACAUGAUUAAAUUUACUUUUUUACGAAAUUUAAACUGAUUGCAAAAACAAAUUACCUCAAUUUAAUAGUUAAUGAACUAUGUAUUUUAAAAUAAGUGAAAGCUUUUAUUUUUAACAAACAGAAAAUGCUGACAUUUUGCUUUGUAAAUAAAAAUAGUUUUUUCCUUGGUGUAGAUAUUGUUAGUCGUUUCGCAGAAUGUUUUUUCUCAACCACAUUAUAACUCUUACCAUAAGCUUAUACUUAAUAAAAUAUAAAUCGAGGAAUAGAGUGAAAAUCAUCUAUAUUUUAACGUUGGAACUAUUCAUUUCAUGCUACGCAGACAGAUCUAGUUGGCUACUUGGUAUUCUUUUUUAGAAAAAAAAAUUAUAAUAUUUAAGCACAUAGAAUUUGUCUAGGACUGCAUUUGAUGUGGAGUCAGGGAAAUACCGACAUUUUUUGUCAAUUAUUCGGUAUUUUUGUAUGACUAAUAGGCAGAAAACACGUUUUCGUAUACCUACCAAUGUACUGGAAAAUAUAGGAAGGAGUUUGGUAUUAACUGACUCUCAUUUUUUUAAAAUGGCUGUUGCAAAAGUAUAAAAUUUUACUAUAUAGUUGUUGAUGUUGAAGAUGUAUUUACUAAUUUUUUAUGAGUUUUUAUUUGAUACAGUGAGUUUGUUUGCCAUAAGGUAGGUGUACCAAUUAUUGACGCUUCAACAAUAAAUUGUCAUUAAUAAUUAAUCCAUAUUUUAAUAUUGCUAUUAAAAAAAGACACAUAAAGUGACUUAAGGUAUUUUCUCACAAAGCAACGAUUUAGGUAUCCUCUUGCUAUCCAUUUCAUACCAAUCCUACUAACUCAAUAAAUACCCCUCUGUUUAAAUAAGUCGCCUUCUCCAUUUCCAUUAUGUGUCUAUCUUUUCUUGUGGUGUCUUAGUAUCUCUCUGUCAUUUAUUAAUUGCCUUUGUACCACUUUCACGAAUAUUAUCUCUAUUUUCAGGUUACUUGGUUUUAUUCAGUAUUUGUGUUUUCGGAAAAUAUUUCAUUCGUCUACCUUUAAUCUUGAUCUAACAUCUCUUCUGUUUCUUUCUUCAAAAUAGGCCUAUCUAGAUAUAUUAUAUGGCUGGUCUAUUUUCCUACUUCACUUGGUUUGUAUAUUUUUUUCCUCUUGGUUUUAUUAUUUCGUCAUUGUGUAUUUUCUGAUAAAACGUUUUGUUAUUAUUUAUUAGUUUUUUUUUUCGUAAAAAUCGUUGCUACGUCCAACUGAAUUAGUAUAUCCAUUAUCUUUAAAAGAGAAUGUAUUUUUAAACCAAUAUGCGCAUAGUUGUUUUACAUAACAAGAUGCUAAUUACGAAUUUCUAAAACGUGUCAAAAUAGGGCUUGCGUCAAUAAUUGGUUCAGUCGCCUUGAAUGCGAUGAGAGAUCUUAUGAAAUUCAAUAAUUACAUCCGGUUGAUGCAAACCAAAGAUCUAAAUCGGUCCAACUCUUUUGAAACCUUAUUCAAAAUAAGCUAAAUUACUAAGUCGCACUUUCUUCCCAAAGCAAUAACUGGAGAGCUAUUCACUAAACGCUAACUAAGCUUUUCCUUUCAGUUGCAUCUGUCCCUUCCAUUGCUAAAUCUAUAAUAAAUAAGGAGGCAGUAAAUAACGAAUAAUGUUUUUUCACUAUUACGUUUAAUAUUUGAUUUUUAAACAUAUAAAUGGUAUAUUAAAAGCAGCAUAUUUGAAAUAUGUAAUAAAUAAAUCUUUCGGUUGAAAUUUAAAAAAGUUAUUACAAAACAUAAUUUUAUUAUUUAUAAAACAAGUGCCAAAAGGGAGUAGUCGAAAUUUUCACGUGAAUAUGAAAAAUACUUUUUGCAAGAGUUGCAUACCAUAUUUUUUCUAUGCAAAAGCCCAAAAAUAAUUUAUUUAAGUGGUAGAAAACUAAAAAUCAAAAAUUAAAAGUAAAAUAUUUAAUGAUUGUUAACUUGAAAAUGAAAAGAAAUAAAGCUUCGAGAGAAGAAAAUAUCGUUAGGAAGACUGGAUAAGACAGACUUUCAGGAAAUAUAAAAAAAUUGUUCAAAUUUUGUCUGCAUCAAAUUGAAACACCUACAACAUCUAACCUAACCUAACCUACAAGGUGACACAACUAUAGAAUAUAAUACCUAGACUGCGCGCCGCCAUCUAAAACUGUCUGACCAUUGCGACAGAGAAAACUGAGGCUAUUAGUAUCUUUCUAAUCGGAGAAGUUUAUUCCAUGACGUUGGUGUUAUCGACCACGUCACUUUCCCACUGUCGCUGAUUUGGUAAACUCCUCCGCUUAGAAAGAGACUACCGACCUAAUAGCCUCAGUUUUCUCUGUCGCAAUCAUCGUCGGAUAGUUUUCGAUAGCAACCUGCAGUCCAAGUUUCAUAUGUCUAUGAGCACAAUGCAUUUACCAUUUUAUUACAUAAAAAGAACGAUCCAAUAGACCUCGAGAAUUACCGAUCCAUGAGCCUGUUUAGUUAAACCACCCUUACUUCGGCACUAAUGACUGGCUAUAAUGCAUAAAAAGUAUUAUAGAAAAAUCCAUCCAGUACAACCGACCAUUGUUUUUGGCUUUCGUAGACCUUUUUAACAGCAUUUAACACCAUAGAAAUUAACAGCGUAAUAAGAGCGUUGUAGGAAAAUCUUAUAGUAUCGGUGCUCCAAACUGAUCGAAAAUAUAUAUUUAUAAUAAUACAUACAACUAUGACCGUAAGAUUAUACAAAGAUACAAAACGUAUAAAAAUCAAGAGGAAUCAGACGAGGAGAUACGUUAUCUCCUAAACUCUUUAGGGCAGUUCUGGAACAUGAUUUCAAAAAAUUUGAGUGGGACGCAAAAGGAAUCAAUGUCGACGGUGAAAUGCUCUGACAUAUACGAUUUGUAGACAAUUAGGUUAUGAUAAGAAAUACCUUAAAAACGAGAUUGGAACUAUGCUUACUGAAUUAGAUGCACCCGGUAAGAAAGUUGAUUUGAACAUAAAUUUUGAGUCACAAUACAUGACAAAUCUGGUACCAAGUGAGAAUCCAAAAAGUCGGCUGCAACAAAAAAACAUUCGUACAUAAAUAUAAAUACUUGAAAUUCAUAUGGCCAGGGACCAUCAAACCGCUGAACUGGGAAGAAGAAUCACUUUAGCAAGAGCAGUAGGUAUAUGAAGCUCUAUCAGUCAAUUUUAAAAGCAACAUGCUAAAUUAUUUAAAAAAAAAGAAGACUUUCGACCAAUGUGUUCUUUCAGUCACGAUUUACGGUGCCGAAACACUUUCUUUAACCCAGGCCACAGUAACCAAACUCAGAGUGGCCAAAAUAGAAUGGAACAGUUGUGACUUGGACGGACUCUCAGAGACAUGGUUAGAAAAGAGAAAAUAAGAAGGAGAGGCGACACAGAUCUCAUAGAGCACAUAGCAUGGCUGAAGUGGAACUGGGUGAGUCAUGUGGCCAGAAUGAAUGACGUGUGUUGGACCAAAAAAAUACUCAGAAGAAGCAGAGCUAAACCACCUACACGAUAAUCUCUAAUCCACUUAUGUGUUUCUCUAGUUUCUCUAUUAUAUUUUCUGUAUUUCAUCAACAUUUUCUCUUGUAAAAGUGCAUACUUAUGACCAAUAAAUAUGAAGCGUCAGUAUCUAUUGGUUAAAAACCUUUAUUUUUAAGUAUUUUGGGUAUUUUACCCAUUAGCUCAAUUUGCUGAAUGGGUUGUUCAAGUUCUUAGUUGUCACUUUAAAUUUUGGCGUAUAGUUUUCAAAAUUUCUUGUAACUCAUUAGUCAUCUUUAUAACGUUUGGGAUAACGAGAAUCUCUUCAUAAACGGAUCCAAUAUCGAACGAGUCGACCAAUAUGCUUACCUUGGAACAAUGAUCAACUAUACAGGUCAUUAGUUAUAGGAAAUCAAAAUCAGAAUAGAAAAGGCUAGAGCAAAUUUUAACAAAAUGAAAAAAGUGCUCUGCACAAGAGAUUUGAAGUUGGAGCUAGGAGUUAGGUUGGCUAGGUGCUACGUUUUCUCGACUUUCUUUUAUGGAAUGUGGGUGUACAGAAGGAUUCUGAAAAUAUCGUUGACAGAACACGUCACGAACAAAGAAGUUAUGAAAACAAGAAAAUUAGAAGAUCUCGGACAUAUUACACGUGGAGAGAGAUACAGCUUGCUCCAAUUGAUUAUGCAGGGAAAGAUUCAAGGAAAAAUAAGCAUAGGGAGACGCAGAAUAUCGUGGCUGCGCAACCGGAGAGAAUGGUACGGAUGUACAUCGAAUGAACUUUUUAGAGCAGCCGUCUCUAAAAUCCGAAUAGCUAUUAUGAUUGCCGACCUCCGUCGCGGUGAUGGCACUUAAAGAAGAUAACGUUUGGAAUGAAUGCUGGAUUUAGUUUAUAAAAGGCGAGGUCUACAGCGCAAACUCGAUCAAUUUAAUUCAUGUCUGGUGAGCAGGGUGGUCACUCUAUUUUUGUUACUCCUUGAUAUUCUAUCCUUUCAUUUUACAGUUACGGAACGGUAGGGAUGGGACUUUUAUCGUCGAUAAAACGAAACAAUCGCGUAUCUCCCAAAAAAAGUACAAAUGAGGAUUACUUAAAGUACAAAGACUGGUUUAAAUGCAAUUCUAUAGAUCUCUUCAGAACAGCAGUAGAUAGAGUAAACAUAGUGAUGAUGAUCCUACGAUUGUGAAACAGCACUUAAAGAAGAAGAAGAUGAUAAUAAGAUUAAUAUGAUGAAAUUGGUUGCAGAUGGUUAUAAUCGGUUUAAAAUGUGCUUUCAAUAUACCAAAUAUGUUGUUAAAAUAAUGAUCUUUAUCUUGUAAUGGAUUAUUUUAUUAUAAUCAAAAUGCUACAUCUAAGUAAAUACAAAAUGCUUAACUAGGCAUGAGUUAAUAUCGUAUAAUAACUAAUUUAUUUGAGUUAGUUACUAAUAUGUUAUGUUUUAUGUUAUCAUAAUAUUUGUUAACUUUAUUGGUAAUAUACAAAUUGAAACAAUGCCUUCUUAUUUAAAUUGUUAUUUAAAGUCUUUAGCUCUAUACAUUUCUUAAGGUUGUACUUUUUCAUAACUACCAAAUAUCUUGGCAAGAACACAUAAUUCUGUAAAAUAAACAUCCAGGUCUUCGUAUUAAAUGUAAUUUUUCUAAAAUGUUAAAACUAAAAUGUCAUUGACUGUUUAAAUUAAUGUAUCUACAAAAUAAUGGAUUCUUAGAGCCCGUUCACAUGACAAGCGCUUAAUGCUCGUUUUGAUAACGCGCGAUUAAAACUACAUACAUUUUACUAGAGACCGUUUACAUUCUAACGCGCGUUUUAAGUCAUUAAAACGCGCGUUGGCAUGUGAACCGUCUCAAAUAAAAUGUAUGUAGUUGUAAUGGCGCGUUAUCAAAACGCGCGUCAAGCGCCUGUCAUGUGAACGCGCUCUUAUAUUAGCUGGUGGUAAUGAUAAGGGCACGUUCACAUGACAAGCGCUUGACGCGCGUUUUGAUAACGCCAGAUUACAACUACCUAUAUUUUAUUCGAGGCAUUUCACAUGCUAACGCGCAUUAGUAUGUGAACGGCCUAAAUAAAAUAUAUGUAAAAAGUACGUAGUAGUAACCGCGCGUUAUCAAAACGCUCGUUAAGCGCUUUUCAUGUGAACUUGGCCUAAAAGUAAAACCUUAAGCGCUUUGAGUUUGCCUCUCCGUCCAAAUAAGAAAAAAAUUUCCACAGAAACAGUGGAACUCCUUUUGAGGCACUAAAAUUAACAGUUGUACAAUAAAAUGUAUUGAUAAUUUUUUCUAGAUGAAAUGUGAAUUAUAUAAAAUUGUUGCGAAAUAUAAAUUAAACCUAUAUAAAAUAUACUUAUCAAGCAGCCAAAGCAGUCAAGUGUUUAUUGACUUAAUUUAAAAGAAAAAUAGGGAGCAAACUGAACAUGAUUAACUUUAAUUGUUGAAGUUGUUUCAAACCUAUACGUUUUUUAUAGGAUUAUAGUUUGAAUAGUAAGCGUAAUUAUUUGUAUUUGUUCAAUUAUCUGUAUUCUCUACAAGAUCAAAGCAUUGUAAUUUAAAAAUUGGUAACCCAAAUUUAAUCAACAUAGUAUUAAAUGUCAACUUAUGUUGUUGAUUGGAUUCAGUCCUAUGAAAUCCAAACAAGCUACCAAAAAUGGUAUUUUUAACUAAAACUACUUAAUAUAUUCUUAAUAAGGUACAUUCAAAAUUUGUUAGUUAUAUCGGCACACAAUUGCCUUCUUUUUCUAAGUAUUUCAGUCUCCAAAUAUUCUUGUUCCCUGCGUAUUUGAAGUUUAGCAAAUUAUAGACCCUAUAAUGUAAAAUUACGUUAACUCUACGUCAACCAAACCUCUAUAGAAAGAGUCGCGCAUUACAACCCUUUCAGUAGGGGAGAGUCGUCUAAUGGUGCACGUCGGGUAAUUGUGCGCAUCAAUGUUUCUAAUCUCCUAUUUAAUAAAAUUGCAAAAACUAUAUUGUCUUUCCAUCUAGUAGCAAUUGCCAUAUCUAUCCGACACAAACGAACGUCGGCAGAUACUUUACCGGUUGGCAGUUAUCGUUUACAUGUUUUCGCGUGGUUUGAUAUUAUUUGCGUAUCUGAGAAAAUAAGCGAUAAGUUUUUUUGUUGACAGAU